AUUUUGAAUAAGUUUCCUAUCACACGCUUUUAGGAUAUUCGAGAAACCCCCCUCAUCCAUCACACCUCCUCCUCUGGUUACCUAGUGAGUAUGAUAAAUCCUUUGCAUAUCCACGCUCAUAUCUUUCAUCCACAUCAACACACAAAAGACACCUCCGUUUUUCCUUCAUUUCUUCCAUCAAUCGAUCCAAUCCUGUCCAUCCAUCAAUCCAUCCAUUUAUUCGUUCAUCCGUCCCCGGGGUAGACCCCAUACACCACCCAUACAUCGCGAUUAGAUAGUGUAAAAAGAAAAAUAUCAAGGGGAGAUGAGAAACAGAGAAAUAAAAGGUUGUAAGACACGGCAGAAGGAGGAGAAAGGACAAAAAGUGACAAUAUCCAUCCCAUCGACUGGUCUUUUCUUCUUCUUCUUCUCUCUUUCCUCUUUUCAAGGACUCUGUCGACUCCAGCUGACAGUUCCAAACCCGGACAGUCAGUCAGUCGGUGCUGUUAUCUCCAUGCCAAUACGUCUAUGGGAAAUAAGGUGUAAAAAAAUCGUGCAAUCGUUAUACUCCCCAGCCCGCAUCACCUGGGCAAGCACAUUUCACAUCAGAUACUCAUCUUCACUCGUGAGCCAAUCACGGAGCAGCACGUGGAAAAGGUGAGGUAUAUAGGAGAGAAGCGGCAAUGGCCAGCAUAACUGGUUGAUACCGCAAAUGCAAAAUCAUGAUCAAGGGAAACGGGUAGAAGAAGUUUGUCGUGGUAGCGGAAAGAAGAGAUGAUUAUAGGGUAUCGCGAGUGUCGAGAUCCAGAACAGGGGUAAUAUGCAGGAAAUCGCCCUCUUGAAGGUUUUGGCGUGUAUGAGAAGCAAGUAAGGCGGGUCAUGAGGCAAAUGUCGCACGUAUCAUGCUUUUGCCUCAAAAUGCAACGUUUUUAGGCUGGUUCAACAUUCCUGAAAUAUGCAUGUCGUCGUAUGUACAGCCGAAGUAUGAACAGCCAAACCCCAGUGCGAUUCACGAAGCAAGAUUGUGUCGUUGUUCAACACCAAAUAAACGGUCAAGAUAUCGACUCAGGCGAUUGUGAUGAACGAAGAUGUCGCUAAGAAAGAAAACAUGGAAUCGAAUGGAUGCGGUCGAAAUUUCAGUUUUUUUUUUGUUUUUUUUUGUUUUUAUUCCUUUUUU